AUGGACAGUAAAGAGGUGAUUACGCUCGUCAAGAAUCUGGAGAAGAACAAGACCAACGAUGACACCGUGAUAGAGAUAUUGUCGGUUUUGGAACGGGACCUGAAGCCCACAGAAAAGCUGUUGCGAGAGACCAAAGUUGGUGUAGUCGUAAACCAGUUUAAGAAGUCUGGCAAUGCUCAGAUUGCGGCGUUGGUCAAGAAAAUGAUUGGCCAGUGGAGAGAUGCAAUUUCGCAAGAAAAGAAGCAAAAAGUGCUGGCGAAAAGCUCGACAAAAGGCUCAAAUGCCCCCUCCACCGUGGGAUCUAGCUCAACAGGAGGCAGCGGAGCACCAGAGGCCAAGAGACACGACAAGUUUGUGUCGAGCAAGCCCAGAAAUGCCAAGAAUGAUGGUGUCAUCACAGCCAUCUACAACCACAAGCUUCGGGACAUGGUCAUCCGAGCAUUUUACGAUGCGCUCGCCAAAGACAGCGAACAUCCACCACAAUCGGUCUUGACCACUGCGGUCGCGGUGGAAAAACAGCUCAAUAAGCUGAAUAACUGCGAGACCAACGAAAAGGCCUACAAAGACAAGUAUCGGGUCGUGUACUCGAACGUUAUCUCCCGUAACAAUCCUGAUCUCAAACACAAAAUUACAGCGGGCGACGUUUCGCCCGAGCACUUGGUAUCGUGUGAUCCGCGAGAACUGGCCCCAGAGCACUUGAAGAAAAAGCUGGAAGAAAUAUCCAAACAGAACUUAUUUAACGCUCAGGGUGCUACUCUAGAGAGAUCAGUCACAGAUCGGUUUACCUGUGGUAAGUGCAAGGAGAAAAAGGUCUCUUAUUACCAGCUGCAGACGAGAUCAGCAGAUGAACCGCUCACCACUUUCUGCACAUGCGAGGUGUGUGGUAAUAGAUGGAAGUUUUCAUAG